AUGGGGAAGCAACUAGCCGAUUUGGAGGCACAUCCGGCCCACGUGGCAGGAGCAGACAGGUUCACGAUGUCGGCGGAGCAGCUCGAGUCGUUCUACGACCCGAAAUCGAUGAAAAAACUCAUGGAAGUGGGCGGAAUAGAGGCGAUUGCGAAACAUUUGGCGUCUAAUUUGGCCAGCGGGUUGGAUGCAUCAGGAGAGGAUUUCGAGGCGAGAAGAAGCAAAUACGGCACAAACAUGCUUCCGUCAAAGCCAUCGAAGUCGUUUCUAGCGCUCUGCUGGGAGCAGCUGCACGACCAGGUGCUCAUAAUACUUUCCGUGGCAGCAGUUGUGUCUCUAGCAUUGGGAUUAUACGAGACAUUUGGGCAGCCGACAGUUUACGAUGCAGAGGGGAAAGCGGAGCCGAAAGUGGAGUGGGUGGAAGGCGUGGCAAUCAUCGUGGCAAUCGCGAUAGUGGUGCUUGUUUCGGCGGUUAACGACUACAACAAGGAGCGGCAGUUUGCGAAGCUCAAUGCGAAAAAGGAGGAUCGGCAGAUUGUGGUUUUCCGGUCGGGCCAGAAGCACUUCAUAUCGAUCAACGAUCUCUUGGUGGGCGACGUGGUGGCCGUGGAGACGGGGGAUGUUGUUCCUGCGGACAGCAUUCUCGUGAAGGGCGAGUGCGAGUGUGAUGAGAGCUCUCUUACCGGGGAGACGAACACGGUGAGGAAAACGCGCGCCGGGGAGGCAGAGCGGGACUUUGUGGGCCGGUGCCAGGCCGCGGGUGGUGCCCCGGUGGACAUCGGGGACCGGCCUGCACCGGGGGCGGCGAAAGUGCAGGACCCGGUGCUGAUAUCGGGCUCCAAGCUCCUGUCAGGCCAGGGGAGAGCCCUGGUGACCGCGGUGGGCGUUCACUCGAUGCACGGCAAGAUCAUGAUGUCGCUCCGGCACGAGAGUGAGGAGACCCCGCUCCAGAAACGGCUCACGAACCUCGCGAACGGCAUUUCCAAGUACGGAUUCAUGGUUGCGGUUGUUCUCUUCGUGGUCCUAUUCAUCAAAUUCUUGGCGGCACUUGGCGGGAGCUACAAGGACCUGUCGUCGGCCGAGAAGGGCACGAAAUUCCUCAACAUCGUGAUUACUGCGAUCACAAUCGUCGUGGUGGCCAUCCCGGAGGGCCUUCCGCUAGCUGUGACUCUUGCAUUGGCGUUUGCGACGACCCGGAUGACCAAGGAUGGGAACUUGGUGCGGGUUUUGAAGAGCUGCGAGACCAUGGGCAGUGCCACAGCUGUUUGCUCGGACAAGACGGGCACUUUGACGGAGAACCGGAUGAAGGUUGUGCGGGGAGUGCUUGGCACGACAGAAUUCGAUGAUAGGGGGGAGGAGAAUGGGAAGAAGGGUGUGGAAAAUAGCCCCAUAACCUCAAAACAGGCAGCUGCAGAAGUGUGCAAGGCUGUGGUGGACUCCGUGAGCGAGAACGCAUUGCUCAACUCGACGGCAUUCGAGGGAGAGUCGGCAGAGGAGCCGUUCGUCGGGUCGAAAACAGAGUGUGCGUUGUUGCAGCUGUGCCGGGACGGGCUCGGGACGAUCGACGCGUCGAUCCAGGCGAUCCGCGACCGUGCGGACGCCCGGGUGGUGCAGGUUGUGCCGUUUGAGUCCUCGCGGAAGUGGGGCGGGCUAGUGGUGCGGAUGCCGGGUAGUGGAGGGGCCGAAUCGUGGUACCGGUUGUAUGUGAAGGGGGCGUCCGAGUUGGUGGUGUCGCGGUGUGGGUACCGGGCGGAGAGCGGAGGCCGCGUGGUGCGGCUGGACGGGGUGGCCCGGCGGGCCGUCGGGGAGCGCAUCGCGGAGUACGCGGGGGAGGCGUUGCGGACCCUCGCGCUGGCCCACCGGGACUUUCGCGGGGGCGCGCGGUGGCCGCCGGCGGGGCUCGCGGGGCACAGCCCGGGCGAGGCGGACCCGGAAAAACUUUUUGGCGACGAGGUGGGGGAGAAGAGGCAGAAUGAUGGUUUUCAGUCAAACGACGUCCCAUCCAUCGUCAUCAACGACACCGGGGGACUCGUGCUGGACGCCCUGGUGGGAAUUCAGGACCCCCUCCGCCCCGGCGUGGCAGAUGCUAUCGCCCAGUGCGAGCGAGCUGGUGUACGGGUGCGUAUGGUGACCGGAGACAACGUGCUCACAGCAAGGGCAAUUUCGCAGCGGUGCGGGAUCUUGGACGAGUGCUCGGCCCGCGACCAGUACAGCUGCAUGGAGGGCCCGGCGUUCCGGGCGUUGUCGGCCCCGGAGCGGCUGAAGGUGGUCCCCCGGCUGCAUGUUCUCGCCCGGUCGAGCCCGGAGGACAAACGGGUGCUUGUGGAGACGCUCAAGCAGCUCGGCGAGGUGGUGGCGGUGACCGGGGACGGGACGAACGACGCGCCGGCGUUGAAGUUGGCGGACGUGGGCUUCUCGAUGGGCGUUUCGGGCACCGAGGUGGCCCGCGAGGCCUCGGACAUCAUUUUGAUGACGGACGACUUCGCGUCGAUCGUCGACGCCAUCAAGUGGGGCCGCACCGUGUCCACGUCGAUCCGCAAGUUCGUCCAGUUCCAGCUCACCGUCAACAUCACUGCCUGCGUGCUCACCUUCGUGUCUGCCGUGGCCUCAUCCGACGGAUCCUCCGUUUUGACCGCCGUGCAACUCUUGUGGGUCAACUUGAUCAUGGACACGUUGGCGGCCUUGGCCUUGGCCACCGACAAGCCCGACGCCGACGUGUUGAACCGGCCGCCUAUGGGCCGCCACGCGGCACUAAUCUCCACCUCCAUGUGGAAGAUGAUCCUCGGCCAGUCCGCCAUGCAGCUCACGGUGACCAUGAUCCUCCAUUUUGCAGGCGAUGCGCUCUUCUUUGGCUCAAACGCCCACCCAUCCUCCCACCAGCGCAAGCAGGUCGACUCGCUCACCUUCAACACCUUCGUGUGGCUCCAGGUGUUCAAGUUGUUCGUCACCCGUAAGCUCGACGAGGGUGACGGCCUCACACGUGUGCGGGAGCGUAUCUCGCGCCGAAACUUGGACUUCUUCCAGAACCUCUUCCGCAACGGCUACUUCAUCGCCAUCGAGCUGCUCAUCUCCGGCUUCCAGGUGCUCAUCAUGUUCGUGGGCGGUGCUGCCUUCUCCAUAGCCCGCCAAACUGCCCCCAUGUGGGCCACCGCACUCCUCUGCGGCCUCAUCUCCUUCCCGCUCGGCUGGAUCGUGCGGAUCGUCCCCGAUGUCUGGGUCGAGGCCGUUUUCCCGACCGCUGCCUUCCGCCGGGUGCUUGACUGGGCCGAAUUCGGGCCCCUAAGGCGGGCCGUGGGUCGUUUGCGGGCUGCCCGCCGUGGAAACGCCGCUAAACACCCCUCUGAGGCUCAUUCUGGCUCCUCUGAUCCCAUCAAGCUGCUAGACAUCCCGCAGAACUCCAAGAAAAGAACCUCCUUCUCCAGCCACACUACCUCCCUCUCCGCGGCCACAAACGCCUCCAGCUCGGCCACCUCCGACACUCUCGUCAAGUCCUCUGCCUCAUCGCUGGAAAAGGUUUGA